CCUGGCUUAUCUGCCUCUGCUAAAAUGCUAACACAAACAGACUUUUGCCCUGCAAUUAUACCCACCUGCUAGCUACUUGGCCACAACGGAGGGCAGAGGAAGAGGACGAUGGGCUGCCUGAGGAUCAUGCUGCUGCUUUGCCUCACCUUCCUCCUUCAGGAGACCCAUCUGUCUGCUCAGGCGGAGGUGCUGCUCUUCCAAGGAUCUGGGCCUGGCUUGAGGCGGCAAAAGAGAGACUGGGUCAUCCCUCCAAUUAUUUUAUUUGAAAAUGAGAGGGGCCCUUUCCCCAAGAACCUGGCGCCGGUCAAAUCCAGCAAAGAAAAAGAGGGCACCGUCUACUAUAGCAUCACUGGGCAGGGGGCCGACAGCCCUCCAGUUGGCACCUUCACCAUCGAGAGGGAAACCGGCUGGCUGAAGGUGACUCGCCCGCUGGACAGGGAGAAGAUUCCCCGCUACCAGCUGUUUUGCCACGCGGUCUUAGCCAAUGGCCAGACAGCAGAGGACCCCAUGGAGGUGAUCAUCAAUGUUGGUGACCAGAAUGACAACCGUCCCAUAUUCACCCAGAGCGUCUUCGAAGGGUCCGUGGAAGAGGGAGCUAAACCAGGUACUCCGGUGAUGCAGGUGUCGGCCACAGACGAAGAUGACCCGGUGGACACUCUCAAUGGGGUCGUAUCUUAUUCUAUUCUCAGCCAGGAGCCCCCAGAACCAGUCGGAGAUAUGUUCACCAUCAGUUCGGAAACGGGUCUCAUCUCCCUGAAGAAAGCCGGCCUGGACAGAGAGAAAGCCCCCAAGUACACCCUGAUUGUGCAAGCCAUGGAUAUGGCGGGGAAUGGCCUUUCCACCACUGCAAAAGCAGUGAUCCAGGUUGCCAGUCCCAGCGAAGGCCACCACACAUCCCUGAGCGUCCAUGCGCUGAACGUGUUCACUGGCCUUCCUGCCACCGGCCUAGCUGUGCACCUCUCUCAGCUCCGAGCCCCCGACCAGGCCUGGAUGGAGCUAAUGACCAGUGCGACCAGCACGGACGGGCGCAUGGACAGGAGCGAGCUGGCCUCCUUGCAGCUGGAAAGUGGCACCUACAAGCUGCGCUUUGCCACGGGGGAGUAUUGGCAGCAACAGGGCCUCACCAGCUUCUACCCUUAUGUGGAAGUGGUCUUCACCCUCACAGCGGCCGAACGAAAGGUGCACAUCCCGCUGCUGCUCAGCCCCUAUUCCUAUGUGACCUACCGGGGGAGCUAAUGCGAGAGCUGCGGCUUCCCUCAGGAGGGCUGCUUUGAGGUCCGGGACUGCCCCCAAGGCCAGCUGUGAUGCCAGCUCAGGCUGUCCUCUGAGGAAACCCAAGACUAAUAAAAGGUCUACCUUGAA